UGCAGGAUUCGGGGCGCUUGGUUAACAGCUUCUCAGCUCCACAGGUGAAGCUCAACACCUGGGUGAUGACUGAGGCUCAGCUGGUGACGUAUUGCCUUUUAAUUUACAGACUGGAGUGAGUGUCCGGUGGACGAUGAGGAGGGUUCUUUGAAACCUGCUCAGCUCGUUCCUCCUCUGUCCUCCCUGUCUGUGCUGCUUAGCUCCACCCCGCGGUCGCACUGUUGCAGUGGACGAGUUGUCUGCUGUGUUUAUCUUGUGGCUGAGUCAACCUGUAGAAUCUAAAACUAAUUUACUGCUCUCACUUAUAGGACCAGGCCACCUCAGCACCAGAACCAGGACCAGGAGCUGCUCAGAGAAUACAGGUGCUUGUGAAACGAUGGCUGAAGGGAAGAGGAAGCGCAACAGGGCGUCUCCUCCGGACGGCGGGUGGGGCUGGGUCAUCGUUGGCUGCUGCUUCAUGGUGACGGUCUGCACUCGUGCAGUGACCAGGUGCAUCUCCAUCUUCUUCGUUGAGUUCCAGGCUCAGUUUGGAGCCGACUACGCCGCCACAGCCUGGAUCCACAGCCUGGUGGACUGCACCACUAUGCUCUGUGCUCCUCUCGGCAGCCUGCUGGGGAAUCGCUGGUCGUGCCGUGCAGCUGUGAUUUUGGGUGGAGUCCUCUCCUCCUGCGGCCUCCUCCUCAGCUCCUUCUCCACCAGCCUGGAGCUCCUCUACUUCAGCUUGGGCAUCCUGACAGGUCUGGGCUUUGCUCUGUGCUACACCCCGGCCAUCGCCACAGUUGGCUGUUACUUCCAGCAGAAGAAGGCGCUGGCCUACGGCAUCGCCAUGUCUGGCAGCGGCAUCGGGACCUUCGUGUUGGCACCAGCCGUGCAGGAGCUGAUUGAGCUGUACACGUGGAGGGGGGCGCUGCUGGUCCUGAGCGCCAUGGUCAGCAACCUCUGCGUCUGUGGAGCUCUGCUGCGACCACUGCAACUGACAGAGAACGGGGAGGAGGGGGGGGAGUCAGCGGGGGAGGACAGAUGUGGUGUGGGGUCAUCGAAGGACGCCGAGCUUGGAGCUCUGCCCUCGGCUCAGAGGAGGGGCCUCAGCUCGUACUGUCUCUCCAGUAAGGAGUACCGCUUCCUGCUGCUGCCGGACUUCCUGGGCCUGGCCGUGUCCAUCCUGCUGCUGGCCAGCGGCUGCAGCCUCCCCUUCGUCUACCUGGUGCCCUACGCUCUGAGCGCUGACGUCAGCCACCAGCAGGCCGCCUUCCUCAUGUCCAUCCUGGGCAUCGUCGACAUCGUGGGGAACGUCACCUUCGGGUGGCUGACGGACCGCAGGUGGCUGAAGCCGUACCGUCUGGCGUGCUACGUCUUCGCGGUGGCGAUGGACGGCCUCUGCUGCCUCUUCACCCCGCUGCUCCAGUCCUUCCCACUCCUUGUUCCAUUCUCCAUCCUCUACGGUUACUUUGACGGCGCCUACGUGGCUCUGAUCCCCGUCGUGACGUCGGACAUUGUGGGAGCGACGUACUUGUCCUCUGCGCUGGGUGUCGUCUUCUUCCUCCAUGCAAUCCCCUACCUCAUCAGCCCGCCUGUGGGGGGGUGGCUGGUUGACGUCACAGGAACUUACACGGCCACCUUCUUCCUCAGUGGCGUCGCCAUGCUGGCCAGCGCACUUGUGCUCUCCACCAUUGCUGGAUUUCGCCGCUGCCAUCGCCAACGGUCUGCUGUCACCAUGGAGGCCGAGCUUAAACCUUUCAACAAGCAGGUGCUUGGUCCAGCUGUCGUCUCAUAGACCCACAGGAGUCAGAGUCACUCACACGGCACCUGGAGCUGGAGAAAACCCAUUCCUGUCCCGACGAACAUCAAGACAAGGGGCACUAGACGAUGAUGCAGCCGCUCAUCAGUCUGUGAAGCUCAGGGUUCAUCGAGGACAAAAGGGUGUCAGACGUACAGUCAAUCCGUCUGUACUAAUCAGACUGAUUAUCACCCACAAUCCUCCUGUUCUCAGGAGGCGUUUGGAGUUAGGAUUCCAGCAGCCACUCAACAUAAGACUAAUGGUGCUGCCACGAUGCAGCAGCUUCAUCAAAACUCCACCAAUUUAAAAUCACUGGAGGGAAUAAAUGAGAUGGGCCAACUGGUACAGAACAGCUGAUCUAAAGGUUGAAACCAAAGAAACAAAAAUGAAGCGUCUUCUACUUCGUGGUUACUUUGUUACAUUUGUUUAGGUUUUUAAAAGGUAUUAACCAUUAAAACUAACAAAAGCCUUGGAUCAUUGUGAAGACGUUUGGAUUCACUAACGAUGGCGAUUUCCUGUGUAAUUACGUCAAAGCAGCCGCCUUCAUAUAAACCUGUUUUUAACAAAUGUUGAUCAGUGACCUCAACCAAAACAGUCUGAGUCUGCACAACUGGAGGGAGAUGACGGGACAAAGAUCAAAGUCAACUAAGGGAUCCAAAGACUUUUUCAGACUUCUAUGAAUUCAAUUUUAUACAAAAUAGGAUUUUUUGAAUUAAAGGAAAAUUUCUCAAGA